UCUCUCUUGUCAGUGAGUGUGGUGUGUGUGUAUAAAAGCCUCUCUCGCCAUGCUGUCACUUCACUCUGAGCUCUUCAUUGCAUCGCAGUAGGCAGGCACAAGGGUUGAAGACAGGGGAGGGGAUACAACCAAUGGAGGUCCCUGCUAGGCAUUUCCUUUGACCUUCCCUCCCUUUGUGCCUCUGUCACCUCUCCUGCCCACUUUCCCCUCUUCUCCCAAUGUGUUGUACAUUCCACUCCUGUCCUCCCCGUCCAUCCACUCAUUAAACGUGUCCGCUCAGCUUGGACGGUGGCUGCAUCGAUGCAAAAUGGGUUGUGGCAAUUCCUCAGCCACCAGCACCACAGGAGGAGGGCCAGCAGAAGCCUCCAAAGAUGUGACAGAAGAUCCCUCAGCAGAAGAUGAGAAAAGAAGGAACUAUGGUGGUGUGUAUGUAGGUCUGCCAGCAGACCUAACGACUGUGGCUGCCAGCCAGUCCAAAGCUACACGUAAAGACUAGCAACCAUUCAAGGAAACGCAACAGAGGAUCCUGCAUAUUAAUUUACGUACAAACAGUCACAUUACAAGCAAAGAGCAUGUAAGCCCUCUGAUUCUGCCCCACCACAGACUGAAUAAAGUCUCAGGCACUAAUACUCUACGAAGAUGUGGACGGCCUGCAGGGGCUGGGGGGAUGUUCCCUCACAGAGUAAUGGGUGGCAAAGUGAAACAGAGGUGCACAUCAGAGGCCUGCAAGUGGAUUGUAUCAUCGCCCUUUACUUUGCAAAUACUAGGAAAGCACUCAAUCUGGGACUAGCAGCUGUGGACAGCGGCACCGGACUUAUCGACAGUCAUCUGGAUUUCUCGGUCAAUUCACUGGAAAUUUCUCUUUCUCAGGAGGAGACAGAUGAUCCAGCCAACUUACUAAAUAACUGGGUGGGGGCUGACACACUCCCAACAGCCCUCUGCAAUAAUAAUCACUGCUCAGUUAUUUCUCUAAAACGCCAUCAAUGAUUCAUUGUGUGGCAGGGAUAGAGUUAUAGAGAGACAGAGAUAAACCAGAGUUACACACACACACACACACACACACACACAAAAAAGCAGCAAACACAUUCCUGUUAACGUAUAAUAACGGAACAUCUCAGUGUUGUUGAAAAUAGUGCUGAUUGCAAUCAGGGUCCUGCUGCUGCAACAGAAAAGUCUGAAAUGACACUGAUUUUAACAAUGGCUCUAAAUGUUAAUAACAGCGACGAGUCAAGUCGAGGGUUUCACAGAUGAUGUUCCUAAAUGUCCCGAGUGCAGCAGGCAGGUCGUACCUGAUGUUAUCACUUAGCUUGGCCCCAGACUGAUUAUGUAACCACAGCAUAUGAGUCAUGAUACUUAGAGGAGCUCUCCCUGUCCACCCGUCUCUCUCUCUCUCUCUUUCCGUCCUUCUCAAUUGUCUGCAGGAUUGUAUUUUCCUGUUCCCCCUGUUUAUACUGCUUGUGGCUCAUUCACAUAAUUCUUAUAAUUUCGCUCCAGAUGUAGAACUGACACAGUUUCUUCAAAUCACACAACAUCCAUCUAUCUUACACACAACUGAAAAAAGAGAAAAAAAACAUGUCUUAAUAUUUCAUAUUCAUUUGCAAAAAAAAGGAAAAACAAAAAUAACAAAAAAAUGUGAAGAAUAGAGACAGCCGCCCAAAAAAGUGAAUUUUUUUCUCUUUGGUGAAACUGCCGUUGUAGCAACUCCAUUGAAUUUAUUAUAAUUCUACUUUAUACUGUAUAAGCAUAGUUGUUUAUGUUUGUUUGCUUUUUGUUAUCUUUAUAUGAAAUGUGUUAUUUUGUAUUUUUUUUAGACUGUCAACAAGUCCUAAUGAAAAAAAAAAUGAAAUCAAAGAUUCUUGUGUCUAACUUAGGCUUUGCUCAAUCCACUCUAAGGUUGAGAUAAACUCUGCGACCCUGUUCACACUUAAUGCUAAAAUGCUUCUCGGGCGAUUGGAUCAAGAUUGGACUACAGCGACACGUUGCUGUUUUAUAUCUGCGAAUCUGUGACAAUCAUGUGUCUCCAGCUGUCUUUGCUACUGUUGAACACAGAUGUUUCAUUGCCACUCAAGUGCCAGAUUUACUUUAGGUCAGCAAAGAGAACGAGAACUAAUAUUUGUGUACGAGUUAUUCCGGCUAUUGAUAUUGUAAUUUGUGAGACAAAAUGAAGGAAAUGUUCUGUCUGCAACAAGGACGAUGCUUCACAACAAUUUUCCAGGUUGUUUCUUGUUUUAGGCAAUUCAGAAAAUGAAAGCAUUGACCUUACAAUAAAUAUGUGGCUCAAACCAACACAGAAAGCGCUUUGAGUAAGUGGAUCAGAUUGCAUGAUAUUGAUUGUUCUUUAUCUUUAUCACUGUCCGUGUGUAAUUUGAUCCCAGAAGGUGCAAUUUAUAAUCAAGUGUAGGCAGAGUCUAUGUGUUUCUCCACCAUAUUGUUAAGAGAUUUCUUUUUAAAGAAUUUGGGCAUUGCAGGAACAAAUGAAUUCUAAUAGAUGGUGCAUUAGUAGAUCAAUUCGUUGUUGGGAUCGGUCCAUUUGUGAAGUUUGUUGACCUCGAGAAAAAAAUACACAAUAUAAUCAGCCUUAUACUUUAACAGUAAAACCUCAUCAAGCACUACGAUGUUCCCAGAAAAGAAAAAACACAUUACAGCUGGGCGAGCAUUAAGGUCUAAGGUCAUUUGUCAGCCAGACUCUUGACAGUUCUCUCCUCUAAUGAAUGUACAACAUCUUCCACUGACCAAGACUUUAGGGGAGGGUGGAAAUAGGCCAACUUUAAACACUUGAGAUUCAAGAGAUGUUCUGUCUGAGCUACACAAAGCUCUUUAUACGCCUGUCUGUGUAGCUCUGACUGCCUCAACUGACCAGCCUCAAUAAAAAUGAGGACUUGUUUCACCCUGCCAGCACACAAGCUUACUGUUUACUGUUUUAUCAGUUUUUCUUGCGAGUGGCGCAUCACCAGUUAUCAGUCGAGCUGAUACCAAGGGAUUUCGUGUAGUGUCUUUUGCGAGCCAUUUGUCUACUCACAUUGUUGCAGUGUGUGAAUUGUUCACCUGUUGUAGAGACAGAUUAUACUGCAGAUACAAAGAGCUGCUUCAUGUACUUUGUAGUUAAUGGUGAAUAAUAAAAGGAGCUGAAGUGUGCCUACAGUGCCAGAUCACAAAUUUGAUCAGGAAACCCACCUGAGACGUUGCAUUUUUGCUGUCCCUUUUCUUUGAUGCCUACAUUUUUUCCCUACCGCACCGGUGGCCUUUGGCUUUUACAGCGUGUUGUGCUGCCUGCCUCUCCCUCUUCAAUCAGCCUCACGUUGCCCUUUAUGGUUGUUCCUCCUGUAUAUGAUGAAUGUCACUGCCUUUGCCCUAUUCAGUUAGCUUAACAGGGACAAGGGGGCAGAAUGUGGAUGAAUAUAACCGUCUGAUGUCCUCUACAUUAAAAUGCUGCUGUAGUUUGCUGCAGUACAGCGUGUUGAAUGUAGUAGGGGUGGGCUGUGCUUAUAGAAGAUUUUUUGGGGGAGGAACUGCUAUGGACGUUAAAUGCUAAUCAAAGCUAGCUACCAGCAACCUGUUAGCUUAGCAUAAACUUUGGAAACAGGGAAACAGCCUACCUUUAAAGGUCACCAUUUAACACGUAACAUCAAAAGUAAUUUUUAAAAGGACACUUCUGUUGAUACAAGCAAGAAAGGAAUGAAAUGCCUUUCUUCAAACUGUAAUACUAUUCUUACGGUUUAGUUGUAUAAUGAUGCUGAAAAUUCUGGACACCACCUGGAGUCAGAGUAGCUGUUAAAUAUUUUAUUUAUUCCAACACUAGAAAAGACCUGAAGUAGUCAUAGAAAGCCCUCCACCCCCCCACCAAUGUCACUUCAUGGUUUUGACCACUGUAAAAUUUUAUGAUUCAAGAGGUAAUAAGUGAGGUUCUUGGGUUGUUCAAUGAUGUUCUAUGCUUAAAAAACACUUUAUGGGAUAUUUAUCAUGUCUGUCUUUCACGCAUAAAUAAUAUUUACUGAUCACUCCUUUCUAAACCUAAUCUAUCAAUGAUGCUGAAGAUUAAAAAAAAUGUGACUGCCUCUGUGCAACAAAUCCACAAUUUUCUGAUUGAAUUAUCAACAAUUAAAGACUUUUAUACCG